AUGGCAAAAGGCAGUUGCAUGUGUGGCGAAGUCCACUAUGAAUACACCGGCGAACCAGAAGUAACAGCCCUCUGCCACUGCACCGACUGCCAGAAAUGGACCGGCGCAGCCUACACCUCUAACGUCGUAGUCCCACGCAAAAGCUUCAACGUCACCAAGGGCAAGCCCAAAGACUACGAUGCCACUGGUGCUUCUGGGAAAAUUAACAAGCAUUGGUUUUGCUCAACUUGCGGGUCUUCUUUGUACACCGAGUUAGAGAUCAUGCCGGACAUGACUUGUGUCAAAAGCGGGGGCUUGGAUGGUGGUGCUGCUAAUCAUGAUAUCAAGGUUGAGUUUUACAACAAGGAUCGAUUGGGAUACACCAAACCGGUGGAGGGAGCUGAUCAGAAGUCUGAGUUUUCUUGA